AUGGAGACUGACGUGCGAUACACGUUUCUGGAUGCGCUAGAUCAUUUGCCCUCGGACUUAAUACGAAGCCUUUGGACCAUCCAGGGACUCGAACUUCGGCAGGAUGAAAUCCGAACUUUCGUAGACCAACAGGCUGUCAAGGAAGCUCAGCAUCUCCAAAGGUUAAUCCAGCAACGUCAAGAACAACUUGACUUUCAAAUACAAGAAAUGCAGGAAAUGGCGGAAGUUCAAGCCCGUUAUUUGGCCCACGAGGAGUCAGUAGAACUCAAAACCAAAUCGGCCAAGACCCAUACCAGGAUACCGCAGCCUCCAGAGCCUUUGAAAAUCAAAAUAAAUCUCAAACCAAGCCAUUCAGAUGAACCGGUCUACUGCCACUGUCGCAACGUCUCUUACGGACAAAUGAUCGCGUGCGAUAAUCGAAGAUGCCCCACAGAGUGGUUCCAUUAUGCGUGUGUAGGGCUCACACACGCUCCAAAAGGCAAAUGGUAUUGCAGCGAAAGAUGCCAUCGUCAAGCUACGAAAAAGAAGUUUAUGAAUUUAUGA